AUGCUAAAUUUCGCCUCUGAGGUGAGAAUUCGAAGAAGCUUGAAACAGUUUCAACGAGAAAAUCAUGGUCAGUCAUUGAACAUCUGGAGUUACAAUACGACGAGAUUUGAGAACGAUGGAAUCUCUUCGUGGGAUGGAGUAACUUCUCUCCACAGGACCCAGCGUCUGAGCUCACGUCUGGGACGUGAGGGGGGCAACUUGCAACGGAUGUGCAGCGAAAAAUCUUGCAACACAUGUUGGACCUGGGCUGUGAGCUAUCUAUCUAUCUACUGGCGGGACGUUCGCAGGGGACUGACUGACAGUCUAAACGUAGUAUGUCUAGGGCCUCGUGCGGUCACAGCUCACGAGACCACACUCUAG